AUGACUAUCAAAGAGACCUUGCGAGAUGCGCCGGCCGGCCAACUUGCCAGGGCGUACCUAGGAUGGCAGAUUUCGCCGUACGAGGAUGAGAAGGAGGACUAUCGGCUUCCAGAGCCCGAGAAACAAGAACCUGGUCCACAGGCUGAAGCUCAGCGCGAUAUAGCUCCUGACGAUGGAUCUGAGGAAGGCUCUUCUGACGACAAAGAAAAAGACAAGGAUCUCGAGAGCAAUGCCCCAAACACGGAACUUCAGGGGCACGCUGAUCAGUCUGGUGACCGCGAUAUCGAACGUAUUGCGACGGAGAGAGACCACCAUGGAGGAAAACAGCCUGCUUUCCAGGAAGUAGGUUUCAGUCCAAUGGACCGUGACAACCCCCAGAACUGGCCAACCGCGAAGAAAGCUUUCGUAUUCUUCCAGAUAUGUCUCCUAACAUUCUCAGUCUACAGCGCAUCUGCGAUUAUCACACCAGCAGAAGGCAUUUUUGAGGAGCAGUGGGGUACCUCCGGACAGGUCUCUGCAUUGGUCCUCUCGAUGUACGUCCUAGGUUAUGGCCUUGGACCCCUGAUCUUUAGUCCUAUGUCUGAAAUGCCCAUGGUCGGACGAAAUUUGCCAUACAUGAUAUCGUUCUCAAUCUUUAUCAUCAUGACCGCCAUCGGUAGCGGAGUCAGUAACUUUCCCGGCAUAGUCGUCAUACGAUUCAUCCAGGGUUUCUUCGGGGGCCCAGUCUUGAGUACCGGUGCUGCUUCCGCAAGCGACAUAUAUGCGUUCAACAAAAUCCCUUACGCGUUGUCGUUUUGGUCGUUUUUCGCAUACGCAGGUCCAGCACUAGGUCCUGUCCUCAGCGGAUUUGCGAUCCCCCUCAACAAUUGGCGAUGGGGUUUCUGGGAGACGUUGAUCCUUUCCGGCUUUACCUUUUUACUGUUGUUCUUUUCCCUCCCCGAAACAAACGCCGACUACAUACUCGCGCAGCGUGCAAAGCGGCUCCGCCUGAAGACCGGGGAUAGCAACUUGCUGUCGAGGUCGGAAAGCCGCUCUGGAAACAAGAACUGGGUCAAGCUGACGAUAUACCAUCUCACGAUGCCUUUCCGCAUCACCGUAUUAGACCCUUCGGUUGGCUUCAUCAAUCUCUACACUGCGUUGGUCUACGGUGUGUACUAUUCAUUCUUCGAAUCCUUCCCGCUUGUAUAUAUGGGCACCUACGGCUUUUCGAUCGGAAUCAUGGGCGCUGUCUUCAUCUGCGUCAUCAUCGGAGCAGCGAUCGGCCUUAUCACGUAUGCACUUCUGGUGUACUUCGUGUAUGAGCCAUACACGAUGUCGAAGGGUAUCGGUAGCCCGGAGUUCCGCCUGGUCCCUGGUCUCUUCGCCGCCGCUCUCGCACCAGCUGGCAUGUUCAUAUUUGGGUACGCAUCGAAGGCAGACAUCACCUGGGUAGCUCCGACCAUCGGUAUCGCGCUCUACGCCGGCACUUCCUUUGUCCUCGUGAACUGCAUCUUUGUCUACCUACCCAUCAGCUACCCACGCUAUGCAGCGAGUAUCUUUGCAGCGAACGGUUUCCUGCGUAGUGCUAUGGCAUGCGGUGCUAUCCACUUCUCCCAGCCGCUGUUCCACAACCUAGGUGUUGGAAACGGGUGCGCUAUUCUGGGCAGUGUCGCCGCUGCCUGCGCCGCUGCAUUCGUAGGGCUGUGGUACUAUGGACCGAACCUCAGAGCGCGCAGCAAAUUUGCCGAAUCAUACUAG